AUGAAUAAUCUUCUAUUCACCACUUCACCAAUAUCUCACAAGCAACUCCUUUGCACAUUCUCUUCAUUGCCAAUUCACACACUCAGCUACUCACCAUCACCUCCGUCUCUUCACUUUCCUACUUUGCCCUCGAGAAAACCAAGAAGUUCCAUCUUCACCGCCCAAUCUAAGGGGAGCGAUUCAGUUGAUGCCCCUGACCGCUUAAUCUCGGCCAUUACUUACUUUUACCCCUUUUUUGAUGGCAUACAGUAUGGAAAAUAUAUCAUUACACAGUUCAGUCCCUUUCAGACAAUCAUUCAACCCUUAGUCCCAGCAAUUAAGGCUAUAGUUCUUGACGUGCUCUUAAUUUUCCCUGAUCUUUUGGAGAGGACUUUUAAUCCAAGAGAUGGGGUGGGCUUGGAAUUGAUGAUGAGCUUGGAUAGCACCGUGUUCUUGUUCCUCUUGGUGUGCUUGAUUUAUGGCUCAUCCUCUUGCUUUUUUGGACAAGUCCCCAGAUUGCCCCUUGUUGCUGAGGCUGCUGAUAGGCAAGUUCUUUGA